CCGGCCGCGGCGCGGAGCGUCUCCGGGUGCCGCCGCUGCCUUCCCGCCUGCCGCGGCGGGGCGGGCGCGGCCCGAGGGUGCCCUCAGAACCGCGUCCCCGCCCCCUGGAGCCGCGGAGGCCGCUCGGCGGCGGCUCUCGCGGCUGCCGGCGCCUCGGGAGGCUCGGCGCCAAGGCCGGCGUCGGCGGAGGGGGGGUCCCUCCCGGCCCGUGGUGAGGGGCGCCUCAAGGCCGGCGUCGUCCCCGCCCUCCGAGGACCCCCCGCCACGAGUGACCAUGUCUCCCGGGAGCAGCCGGUGGCCGGUUUGGUUGCUGGUGGUCACCUGCGUGACGGCCGGGCCGCUCCCGAGUCAAGAGUGCUCGGCGGAGAAAAUGGAAAAUACCAUCGUCGAUAUAAACUUAUCUCUGUCCAGAGGCAUCAAGGGCGCGGAGCCGCUGUACGCCCCAAACCCAGAGGCUUGCGGUCGCGCUUGCUGCUCGGGGGAAAAGCUCUCAGGAGACAAGAAGUGUAAUUUGAUGAUUUUUGAUGUUCGAAGGACAAGCGUACAUCCAAACUGCUACCUGUUUUACUGCCCUAGCACAGAGGCUUGUCUCAUGAAACCUGCAACAGGACUUGUGAGCUACAGGAUAACUAGAGACUCCCAUGCCCCAGUGGAUACAUCCUUCAAAAGUGAGGACUUUUCUUCAAGUGAGCAUUCUUUGUCUUUGGAUGCUGGGGCGUCUAUUUCUCGCAGUCAGACUAGCCACCAGAAUCGUACCACUGCUUUGCCACAAUCUGUUGUUCAUCAGGCAUCUGAAUCCCUGAACCACAUGGCCAAGCAUUUAGACAACACUGAGUUUCAUACAGUUUUUCCUGAAUCUCAAAGGGCAAAACAUCCUGAGAGCUUAGGCCCCACCCCAAGGCAGAAAGUAAUCAACCUGCCGCCAAACACGUCUUUUGCUGUCCGAGUUGGAAACACCUCUGCUUUGUUUUCCACCACUCAGUCUAGCAUUCCUGAAACCAGCAGUACUACUCUUACACCUCUGCCUACAGGUACCUCCCGACUGGUAUCUCGUACAACAUCUCUGCAUCCUGCUGGUGCUAAACCUACUGUUGUCACCACCACCACCACCGCUACCUUUCUGCCUGCUGCGACCACUAGAGCUAAACCUGGUAUCCCUGCCACCAGCAUCUCUGUUACUCACGUUCCUCUUUCCAGUCCCACAACUUCUGCUUCUACUUCUACAAGGAAGCAGAUGACCACAAAUUCCAGAUCUCUUGCUGCCCCAUCAGGGCUAAGAACUCCAGCCAUCCCUCCUGAGCCAACAGUUGUCUCUUCCAACAAUACCAGCCGUGUUACCCUCCUCUCUUUUUCAGGUUUCACUCUGCCUACUAGUGGUUCCCCCACAGUUUCCCAAAACAACCCUCAGGGUUAUGACCCCUCUGAUUCAGAAGGCUACCUGCCCGAGACUGUUCAGAGAGGGAAAGGUGUCAUUCAGCUGGGAGAAAAAAGCAGCCUUGUAGCAGCUUUGCUUUUUGGGGUGGUAUUCUUGUUGCUAGUGAUUGCACUGACAGGGAAGAAAAUACAUGAAUCUCUUCAGAAGAGACAUUACACCAGGCUGGAUUACUUGAUCAAUGGAAUGUAUGCUGAUGUAUGAUGGGGAGAGUGAAUGAGAGUAUGAGGAGCAUAUCUCACCUUCGAGAGGGCAACUCUGAAAUGGAACAGUAGAUACUGAAAUCCCAGAAGAGGAUGGAUUCCUUUUUUGGUCACUGACAGGAAAGCGGCAAAUGUCUGUGGUGGGAAAGAGAACUGUUCUUUCUACUCUGAAAUAUAAUGUCUGUCAUUUUUGAUUUAUUACUAAAUCCUGAAAAUAAACACUCAAAUCCAAGUUAAGCUAAGAAGAUCUUAUAUUUAAGGAGAAAAGGCAUUUCAAGAGCUUAAUCUGUACUGUGACAAGAUUAGUGGAAUAGAAGUACACCUAAUAAAUUGAGUCCCUGUGCAA